AUUCUGUAAAUUUUGUAACUAAAAUGUCAUACAGAGAUGAAUGUCCAGUUGCCCUGUCGAAUCACUUCAAAUAUCUGUAUGCCUUUGACGAAAGUGGAGUCAUAACUGUUCGCGAAGUGGCAAAUAUCGCUGAAACUCUGAUCGAGAACUUUGAAUUCGGAGACUCGACCACGAAUUAUGACACACUUAGACAAAUACCUAAUCACGCUGGUGCUUCAUCACCAUUCCCGAUAAUGCAGUCAAGCAGUGAGAAUGAUUUUCUUCUGGCAAUCGAAAUUCCUGUCUCUCAAACACAUUCUAUAGGAUGGAACGUGAAGAUAACUCACGCAAACAGAGAUGGAAAUCUUGUCGGUGAUCAAGAAAUAUCUGGAAAUGAAGUUAGAGGAACAUGUGGUGUGUGGUAUGAAAUUGUUCAGAGAUACAAUCCGACUAACUCAAACGCUCCAGCAAUGGCAGAUAUAUUCUUUGUUUUGGGUCAGGCAGGGUAUUCCAAAUUUCCAACCUCCGCAUCAUUGGAUGUUCAAACCGUAGCUGGGACUGUAGGCAGUGAUGUGACGAGUGAAUUUUCUACCACCGGAGAAAUUUCAGGAGUGAUUUUUGGAUAUAAUCUCGUUGUGACCGAUGCCGGAAGUCAAAUAGCAGAAUCUGAGCUUAUUAAUGUCAUGCGUUGCUAUGCAGACUAUGCCUGUAGUUCCCUACCACAGGUUUUUGAAUGUGUCAAUGGUCAGGUGAUAUUGGAUGGCAACACUCCAACUUGCAAUUGUGAUGAAGGUUGGAUUGGACCAACUUGUGCAUAUCCAUGUUAAACAUGAGAACAGAAGUUUUUGAAGAUAAAUCAUUCUCAACUUUAUAUUACAUCAUAUCCAAGCCACAUAAGUCAUCAUUACAAGAUCAUCAUGCAGUUCAUCAAUGUCGAUCGAACUGACGUGAAGUGUUUUAUAAAUAGGAAUAAUAUUUAUAUUUAGAAAGAAUAAGAAUUCCUAUUUAAACUUGAUAUAUUCUUAUCCUUUAUUUGUGCAUGAAUGUCUUUCUCCUCCUGGCUUGAUUAGGUUAUAAAUGUUUUAUACAUGAGGUAAUGUUAUAGACAACUAUUUGCAUUUGAUGACGACAUAUUUUUGUUAGAUUUUCAAUUACCUUCGUGUUUUUUUAGAAGUACCAUAUCUACUGUAUAAAAUGUUGUGCUAUAAAGUGAAUUUGGAUUUAUGUAAUAAUUUUAUUGACAAAAAAAUAAAAAUUGCAAUGAAAGACUAUAAUACUACAAAGCGAAGAUAAACAUUCACACGUAUCUAUUACUUCCAAGCUUGUAAGAUUUAUCUUCAAAUAAACAGUUUUGAUUGUUCAAUUAUAGCCGCAUCAAAUGUUGAAUUCGUUACAACCGAUUCCGGCUGUUUACAAAUUUUGAUCUAAGUCGGCACUUUGUUAAGACUGAACCCUUGUCAGACCUGCAAACAUAAGUUCCGCCUCCAAAUCUCGAACAUUAAAAAUAAAAUCAUUCUGAUUUGACCGUAUGACUAAUCAUUGUAAAGUGAUGAGUGAAUUUGAGGUGAUAAAUCACGUGGCAUGUUUUGAACAGAAUGUUCAGUCUAAACCGAAGACUGUGUCUGAAAAGAACUUCCCUAUCCAAUAAUACUUUCUUGAGAUUCGGAAGACUAGCAUGAAACUUGAAAAUGACAUCUAGCAAUACCUGGUCUUCACAAAUUUUAGAAUUGUCUUUGAAAUAUAACUUAUUAAACGGAGCAUAAUGUA